AUGGCUCCUGGAUGGCGCCCCCGGCUGGUUCUCAGGCCGGCAUUGCCUAGAGUAGCUUUGGCGUCGUCCAACGGCCGGAUUGGACAACGGGCUGGCAUUUCGGGCAGACAGCUUCACGUGGACCACCGGAACAGGCUGACGCAGUUCUGGGUGCCGCCUCCACAGGUGGCCCUCAAAGACGCAAAGCAAAACGAGGAGUCACACGCCAAGCUGGUACGCGCGGGAUUCUUCCGCCAGGCGCACUCGGGCGUGUUCCACAUGCUGCCGCUAGGCCUCCGGGUGCAGGACAAGAUUGAGGCGCUGGUGGACAAGCACAUGCGGUCCAUCGGGGCGUCGCGCGUGGCGCUGUCGAGCAUCACAUCGGCCGGCCUAUGGGAGCGCAGCGGCCGGCUCGGGAGCGUGAAGCCAGAGCUGUUCCAGUUCGAGGACCGCAAGCAGGCCAAGUUCCUGCUGGCGCCCACGCACGAGGAGGAGAUCACGGAGCUGGUGGCGCAGAGCGUGCACUCAUACCGCGACCUGCCGCUGCGGCUCUACCAGAUCACCCGCAAGUACCGCGACGAGAUGCGGCCGCGCUACGGUAUCCUGCGGUCGCGCGAGUUUAUCAUGAAGGACCUGUACACGUUCGACACGACGGUGGAGGCUGCCCUGGCGACGUACGAGCAGGUGCGCGCCGCCUAUGCGGCCAUCUUUGCCGAGCUCCGCGUGCCGGUGCGUGUGGCUCGUGCGAGCUCUGGCGACAUGGGCGGCGACCUCAGCCACGAGUACCACCUGGCCGCAUCGCUGGGCGAGGACGACGUAGCCAGCUGUCGUGCCUGUGGCUUUGCCGGCAACACGGAGAUCACACACAUCGGCCCCGACAGUCGGCCUGCUCGCUCCGGCGACGACUGUCCGGACUGUGGUGCUGCCGGCUCGCUGCAGGUCGAGCGCGCCAUCGAGCUCGGCCACACCUUUUAUCUCGGCACCCGGUACUCGGAGCCGCUCAACGUGCGCGUCCAGGGCGACCAGAACACUCCCGCCACGUCCACCAUUACCCCCCUUAUGGGCUGCUACGGCAUCGGCAUCUCGCGUAUCCUUGGUGCCGUGGCCGACCAUCUGGCUGACCCGACCGGCCUGCGCUGGCCGCGCGCCAUUGCGCCGUUUGAGGUUGCCGUCGUCGCCGCUGGUGGCAGUCCUCUCGCUCAGGUCGCCGAGCGCGUAUACGAUGAGCUGACUGCAAAUACCGAGACUCGCCUCGACGCCCUCCUCGAUGACCGCCCCGCUGCCUCGCUACCCUACAAGCUCAAGGACGCCGACCUGACCGGCUAUCCGGUCGUCGUCAUUGUCGGCGCUGCCUGGCGACGCAGCACUGCCACCGCUACCGACUCAUCUGCUCCCAACAUUUCCCUCGAUGGCCUCUGUGAGGUCCAGUGCCGCCAGCUCGGCCUCCGCCAGGACGUGCCGCUCAGCGAACUCAAGACCUUUGUGUCCGGCCUGCUGGCCCAGCUGUAG